AGGAAAGUUUGCCCUGCGACUUAUCCUGUGUUUUUGAGUAGCACAUUCUCAACGUCGUGAACCGUUACCUUAGGACGGCCACGUAAAAUGAGACUAUACCUUUUAUUCUUCGUCCUAGCUGCGCUAGCUACGAUUGCAGCUGCAUGGACCAAAGAGGAUCAUGAGAUUUUUGAUUUAGUCAGCGCAGUGGAAGCUACUGAAGGCAAGGGUACGACAUUCUACUCGUGGCUAGAUAUCCCUUCCACAGCUACACUCGCCCAAAUCAACAAAGCAUAUCGGAAGAAAAGUAUACUACUUCACCCAGACAAAAAUCCUGGAGUUAAAGGUAUCCACGAGCGGUUUGCGCGAUUGGGUGUUGUCGGUACCAUUCUCAGGAAUACAGAGGGCCGCAAACGAUACGACUUUUUCUACAAAAAUGGUGUACCGAAAUGGAGGGGCACUGGGUAUUAUUACGCGCGGUUUAGGCCUGGUCUCGGGACCGUACUCGUCUUUCUCACGCUGAUCACCUCGGGUUUGCAAUACCUUGUUCAGCGGUUGAAUUAUUCACGAGACCUCGAGCGCGUGGAACGAAUCAUACGUGAUGCCAGGCUUGCAGCUUGGGGUCAGAAAAUGGUACCGCUGGAGGGCAAACGGAAGGUCAAAGUGAAUCUGGGUGGAGCUCCGCGAAUUGACGACAACGGAAAUUAUGUAUCCGGCAAAACGAUCGAGAUGGUAGUCGAGGGUGAUAACGUCUACAUCCUUGACGAGUCUGGGGAUUUGCAUCUACUUGAUGCAAGUUCGGCAAUCCCUCCCGCCAUUACACACACGUGGUUCCUGGCAUUCGUCUCUUCCACAUUUAGCCGACUCACCAGUCGUACACCGAGUCAAGAAAGUGAAGACUCGAGCGACUCUGCUGAACAGGAAGACGGUGCAGAGACGGAGGACUUAUCAGAUACCCCCAGGAGCGGUAGCAUAACGCCAAGCGGUGCCAGUGAGGGGGGCGAGACGACUUUUAGGCCUACGCGUCUUCCCACUACGAAGGCGGGCGGGAGAAGGAGAAAGGCAGUGAAGAGACGAUGAUAGUACCUGAAUUAUUUUUUUCAUUUUGGUAUUUUGCGGGGAAAUAGACUUUUACAGUGACAUCACAUUUCGAUAAUAGAUGCUGUGAGAUCUGUCUGUCAAUAGAUCGUAUCUGUGCGCGAUAGUCCUUAUCUUUCAAUAGAGCGUGUCGGUAGUAUAA